UUUCUUUAUAUUUAUAUUAAUAAUUUUAUUCUUUUCUCUAUAGAGUUUAAACAAUACCUUGUAUAUUUAGAGAAAUUUUUUAGUAAAUAUAAAGAGAUAUAUAUAAUACUAUCUUCUAAUAAGUUAUUCCUAGCCUUCCUUUCUAUUAAAAUCCUUGGUUAG